UGGACAAUGUAAGCUUUGGGAGGCGGCUUACACCACUAGUGACUACUGUGUGACUGUGUACACUAUUGCUACUAUCCUUCAGUUUUAGCCUGAGCAAAGAAGGUAACUGAAAAUGGCUUGGGAAGGAGGAUUCCAGCCAAAUGGCACAGAAGGCAAGAACUUCUACAUCCCUAUGUCCAAUAAAACUGGGGUUGUUAGAAAUCCUUUUGAAUACGAACAGUAUUAUAUGGCAGAUCCCAUCAUCUUCAAGCUUCAGGCUUUAUACAUGUUCUUCUUGUUUUGCACUGGAAUGCCCAUAAACGGUCUGACAUUGUAUGUAACGGCUACGAACAAGAAGCUCCGGCAACCUCUCAACUACAUCCUGGUCAACCUUGCUGUGGCUGGACUGAUCAUGUGCAUUUUUGGAUUCACUAUCACCAUCACAUCUGCUCUCAACGGUUACUUCAUUCUCGGAGCCUUUUUCUGCGCUCUUGAGGGAUUCAUGGCCACACUUGGAGGUGAAGUUUCUCUAUGGUCCCUUGUAGUCCUGGCUGUUGAGAGAUAUGUUGUCGUCUGCAAACCCAUGGGAAGCUUCAAGUUCAGUGGAACUCAUGCAGGAGCUGGAGUGCUUUUCACCUGGAUCAUGGCUAGUGCAUGUGCUGGACCCCCACUGUUAGGCUGGUCCAGGUAAUGUACACAUUCUUUUUCUUUUACCUUAGAUUAUAAGUUAAUAUGACUUUGUAUUUUAAACUGGUAUGCAAAAAUGUCUAUUUCUCCAUCCAUCC